AUGGAAAAUAAUGCUAUUUCAGACGGCCAGAUAAGCGCUUCUUCAGAAGUGGAUGAAGAUCACGCUGCAAACCAAGCUAGAUUGCAUGCUAAGAUAAGUGGCAGCAAAGGCGGUGGUUGGUCAGCUCUCAAAAAUGAUCCUAACCAAUGGCUUCAGGUAGAUCUUGGGACUUACACCAGAGUAACACAUGUGGCUACUCAGGGAAGAAACUCCUUUAGUGGAUGGGUGACUAAGUACUUGUUACAGUACAGCGACGAUGGAUUCAUCUUUCGGUCGUAUGAAGAAGCAGCUAACGCCUCCGCAAUGGUAAGUCUUUGCUCUCGGGCGGAAAGUUUACACCUCGAACACUACUCAGGUUAAAACUUGAUAUGAUCAGUCGUAUUGCUUCCAUUGGCAACUCCAGAAUUUCAUUGAAAUAAACCCUGACACUAAAAUCAUGACUUUAUACACAAUAUCAACGUCAUGGUAUGCCUUUUUUCCCGCAAGGACUCAGCAAAGUUUUAUACAAGGAGGCUCCGUCCCGAGCUUCAACCCUUCACCCUUUACGCCUCUUACUUACCUUUUUGAGAACGAGGACUGCUAAGAAGCAGGUUUUUCUCCCUUAAAAUCGAUUUUUUAAGCCACCCACGUGAGAUUUUCGCACGAAGCACACAAGCCUCACAAGCCCAUAGUCCAUAGCGUGUGUUCUUGACCAACGCAAAAAUAAGGGUUGUUUUGCUGGACCAGUGCUGAACAUAGCGAUAGCAAGGACGACAGUUUGGUUCCCCAGUUGUGGCAGUUCGGGAGGAUUCAUCGUAAAUGCCAUGCAUCAAUGAUAUUUACAUAUAAAUGUCAAUAGCAGUUCUAUUCAGGAGUACGUUCACCGGGACGAUCAUACUCAACCUACUUAUGAAAUUGCUCCUGGGUUCAAACCUUUCACAGUUUCUCAUUACUUUGAUACUAUUUUUUUAGAUUUUUGGUGGAAACAAAGACAGCGACACGGUUGUGUACAACAUUUUAAAACCACCAAUCACAGCACGCUUCAUUCGAAUUUUGCCGUUGGAGUGGCACAGUCAGAUAUCAUUGAGGAUUGAAAUUUAUGGCUGUCCAGGUAAUCCGAAAUGUGUCGGAAAACAAAAAAUCAUAAUUAAAUAUUUAUACAAAGAGCCUGCCUGGAUUUUGUCCCUGUUAGCCCUACUGUCGACUUGUCAUAGUAUUACGACACCAAUCAACUUAAGGCAAAUUUUGGUGGAAUAUCGGUACAGUCUAGUUUGGAAACAAAUUCUCUUCUCUUUGAUUCUGGCGCUUUAAUGAUCCUCACCUAGUUUGCACGAGAUGGCGCUUCUAUUUGUUUUUGUGAAAGAAGUGUUCGAAAAUUAAGUAAGGAAAUUCGCUUCACUUUAGCCAAAGAUUUCUAGGAUGUUUUUAACGCGGUAUUAGAGAUAUUCACGUAUUUAUUCAGGUUGUGUAAGAUCACUUGGAAUGGAAAAUCAAGCCAUUUCUGGUGCCCAAGUAACAGCCUCGUCACAAAUGGACAACACCCAUUCUGCAAGAGAGGCCCGAUUGCAUUCCAAGUCAGAUGGGAACCAAAGAGGUGGCUGGGUAGCUCUCAAGAAUGAUCUCAACCAAUGGCUUCAGGUGGAUCUUGGUACUUUCACCAGAGUAACACGUGUGGCAACUCAGGGAAGGGAUGGGUAUGAUCAGUGGGUGACCAAAUACAGGUUACAGUACAGUGAUGAUGGAGACACCUUUCACUCUUUCAAAGUGAUCACUAUUGACUCUGCGAAGGUAUGGCUGUCUAGCCUGCAAAGCGCGCGUUUUUUUUUUUUUUAACGAAAGCUUGGAGGUACCGCGGGAGCCGUAUUGAAAGCAACUGAAAAAGUAAUUGACUGGCCCCAACUCUGUAAGUUUCUCUGUCCAAGAUCGCAGGACAUGAGAUCAUCAUUGCUAUGAAAGCACGAACAGCUCGCAAAUCAAUUUGCAAGUUCUAACUUUUGUUAGAUCAAUUUAGGUUUCCGGGGAACUGCCCACAUACCCCUCCCCUAAGCCAUCAUUUUGCCCUAAUUAAGAAAUAAGUGUUACCUUAUCUUAAGGAAGGGGUAGAUAGCAGUUUCCCAGAAACCUAAAUUGAUCCCUUUUGUUGACGUAUAGCUUUCUGGUAUUUUUCCUAUAUUCAGGUUUUUCCAGGGAAUCAGGAUAACAGCACAGUUGUUUACAACCCACUGAGUCCACCAGUCACGACUCGCUUCAUUCGGCUGAUUCCAGUGGGGUGGCAUAGUCGCAUAUCGAUGAGAAUAGAGAUCUAUGGCUGCCCUGGUACUGAGGAUCGAUUUCAUAUAAAUAAAUAAAUAAUGUAUUUUCUCUUUUGGCUUUACUAUUGCCUCUAUCACUUUCAUCAUGUCAGUACCUGAAACAUUGCGAUCAUCUUCCCAAUCUCGCCUCAUGUAUUUAGUAAUCCGAAGUUCGGAAUUCUGGAAAUUUCGCUUGUGGAAUCCGACAUCUUAAGUUGACUGAACACAGUUUUGCGGCGGUAACUCGCGUGACGGCGCCUUCUUUUAAUUAGACAAACAAACAGGGCGGCAAAAAAAGCAAUGGUACACAGAGGAUAUUUGGCAGAAUUUUCACUUUUAUCGUAUUUUAAAUAAUGAGAACGUUAAAAUGGAAGUUGAACUGACGAAUUUUGUGACACAUUUAAUAAUUACAGUACAAUUGUAUGAUUGAUUAUCUAAAAACCCGUCUGUUAAAAUUUGGUCUAAUAGUUUUAAAUGGUAAUGAUUACUUAUAGUAAGCUGUGUGCAAGUUUAAACGAAAAUCUAAUGAGCAAAUUUUAUGUAAACUGAGCAAAAGUGAAAUUUUAAGGUUGUAUUCAAUCGCCACAUUUUACCUGUCAAUCAAAAUCUUUCAUCAGUAUAUUAUUCACUUGCCAAGUUUCAGCUUGUGAGCUGCAACCUCUCUCUUGCCAUGAUUUGGCAAAUGACAUUUACUCACAAACUGCCAAAACUGUGUUCAGCCACCUUAAGUUUUAGAAUCCUGAAUCCUGCUAACGAUUAGAAUCUGGAAUGUAAGUUCCAUUGUCUAGGAAUGCGGAAUCCAGUGCCUGGAAUCCACAGCGUUGAAUUCAGAAUCCAGGACCGUCUUGGAUCAAUGGACAAGGGGCGACCACUCGCCAAUCCCUUUAACAAUCAUCUUGAUACCCCCCUUAUUCCCAACAUCUGGAUCUCAACUAUCUCUCUAUUGUCUUUCCUCGAUUACAGCCCCUGUUGCUAAGGUUUCGCCGUGAUGGGAAAUAUCGUUGAAAAGCUUGUUUUUCCCGCUCUUAACAAUUUAGGUUGUACAGCAGCACUUGGAAUGGCUCUCAGAACAAUCACUGAUUCCCAGAUAAGCGCGUCUUCAAAACUGGACAACACCCAUUCUGCUGCGCAAGCCAGGCUGCAUUCCAAAGCGGAGGGAAGCAAAUUUGGAGCCUGGUCAGCCCUUGAAAAUGAUCAUCAUCCUUGGCUUCAAAUAGAUUUCGGUAGCUCCACUAAAAUAACGCGAUUGGCCACUCAAGGGAGAAAUGGCUUUAAUGAGUGGGUCACCAGGUACACGUUAGAGUUCUGUGAAGAUGGUGUGAAUUUUCAUCCUUAUAAGGUAAAUCAAUAUGACUUAGAACCCAUUUCGGAGGAGAAAACAUGUCCCGAGUAGGUACCACGGGUGUGCUAAGGUUUCCUACAUUUCUUCACCAAACUUGGCGAACCGUCUGAAACACAAACAAAACAUUGGCUCGGCUAGAAAUAUGAGCCGCCUAGCUGGGUUUAAGUGUGAGAUUGACCGUCCUAGCCGCAUUAACGUUUUUCCGGUUAAACUUUUCGCCUUGUCUAUCCGGGCCACCUCGGUCAAGGACAGACAAUCAGAGCAUAAACAUAACAAGCGCCAUUGUUAGCUCUUAACUCGGCGAAACUCACAUAAACUCUUGCUAAAGUUGACUUGGCUGGGAGGGUGACCCUCUUUCCCUUGACAACCUUUCUUUUCGUGAAAGAGGCCUUACUAAGAUUGGGGGAACUCUGAACUUUUAAGUUAAAACCACUUACCGUAUCACUUUCUAAAAUGCCCUUUCAGAUACAGUAAAGCAUUUCGACUUCAAAAAACCUUUUUGGAUGUUACGGUUGUCAACAUUGCAUCUGUGUUCUAUGCGAAAGAUGUCAAUUAUCGAUUGGCAAGGAUACCCAGCUGUAACUAAAAUGUACUGUUAUCGUUAAACGUCAGACUAGCCAAAGCUCCCUACUUGUACAAUUUGAAAUAGUUUUAAAACAACCUCGUUCUUAAAACCUUUGUUUGCUUUGUAGGCCUUUCAAGGAAAUCAAGACAGUGACACUGUUGUAUACCACACUCUGAUUCCACCAAUCACGGCUCGGUUCAUUCGGCUGUUGCCUCUUGAGUGGCACAAUCACGUGUCUUUAAGAACGGAGGUCUACGGUUGUCCAGGUGCUGUUACGCAAAAUUGCAACACUUAAUUAGAACAAAAAAAGCAAGCUUUCAUCUUUUUCAUCACGUAAGAUGGAAUAUUUUAUUUCAGUAUCUGCUUGAGCCCCGGACCGUAUAUAAAAGACUACCAGAACUUACAGUAAACGUUAAUCUGACUGAGUUGCUCUAACAACUUUGACCCUACGAGCAGAGUCUUUUCUUACCUUAUUCAUCUGUUCAUUAGAAGGAGAAAAGGAGGUUCUGCCAGAAUGGCAACAAGCCUUUGAGGUUGCCACAGCCCCAACUUCUGGACUAUUCACUCUUGUUUUCUCUCGUCAAAAUGGUUUUUUCGAGUGCAAGCAUCCGUUUAUUGACAAACCGAUAGUCACAACCGAGCCCUCUGUAGCAUGCGCAUGGGUAGUAGGUCUUGGUUCGAAACUCUAUCUUAGAAACAUGCCGCGCGUGCUAAACAAAGAUGUUACUCGAUUCAUGCCGGGUUUUUCUCGAGUACACCACAAUCAAGCAAGCGAUAGAAAGGGGGCUUUGCUGGUAGGGUGCCUGCAAAUCUACUGGUAGUAACUUUUGAUAUAUUUUUAAAUUUAGGUUGCGUUGACCCUCUCGGCAUGGACAGUGGAGCAAUAACUGAUGCCCAAAUAAGUGCUUCCUCGCAGUGGGAUAACAAUCAUGCUGCAUCACGGGCCAGGCUGCACAUGCGAUAUCAAAAAAGGGGCAGUAAAAGAGGAGCCUGGUCAUCUCGCACAAACGAUCUUAACCAAUGGCUUCAGAUAAACCUUGGUGGUUACACUACAUUAACUCGUGUCGCAACACAAGGGAGAAGUGACCACGAUCAAUGGGUAACUAAGUACAGAUUGCAGUACAGUGAUGAUGGGGUGAUCUUCCAGUUCUACAAAGAGCCACAUCAGACUUCAGCAAAGGUAUGUAAAUAGGGAGUUUAAGCAACAACGUCUUUGAGCGCCGGAUGUCAAGCGAAAGUGAGGCCUUUUCCCUUUCAGUAUGCCUUGACGCCAGCACGUUUUCAUUGUUAUGUGUCUUGACGCUUAUACAGACGAUUUGCCCAAGACUUCAGGCAAAACCGCCUUCUAAGAAUGCAAAAGUCCGCUUCCGCUUGACGUGCGUCACUCAAAAACGUGAGAUGUCGCUCUUAUAGCUGUUACCUCCUUUGAAAGCAGUUUGAGGAAGAAAAUGCGGAUUUACGUUCUCCUUAAGAAGAACAUAAGUGCAUUUCGCUUGAGUAGACCUCAGUACCCGCUAUUUUUACUUAUAAAAGCGCUUCAUUUUCUGAGAAAAUGUGAUUAUUCAGCUUUUUGGAAACACUGCUAUUGCGCGCAAGAAUACGGUCGAACCUCUAUUUAACUGCCUCCUAUUACGCAGUCACUCUGAGGACAAAAUUGUCAGUAAAUCCCUGUAAGUAAAAACUCUAUUAAGCGACCACUUAGGUGUCCUCAUAGAGAGUGGCACCUUACAACUGGCUUGAGUGAAUCUUAUCCCACUUAUAGCAGAGCUGUCGCUUGCUUUGGCGCACUAUAGGUAAGAAAAUUUAGUCAUCUAUGUAUCCAAGAAAUUUCGGUUAUUACAAAAUUAUCUGUACGUACGUCCGUACGUCAGUCUGUAAGUACGUACGUCCGGCCCAUCAUGUUAGCGGAUGUGGAAUGCCUUACUAGCUUAAAAAUCCAAGGUAUAUACAAAUUGUGUUUAACUUGAUACUGGGCAUCCAUGUCGUGAUCAGUCGACAGCUAUUAAAAUAAGGUAUCCGCUGACUAGUGUCACAUGGCUGUAUCGCUGGCUCAAAUGUACAACUCGUUGAGUUGAGGGUUUCUUUUUAAGUUCUCCGCCUACCAGUUAUGGUAUUCAAGUGAUAUCAGGCUCAGAAAACUUCAGAACGACUUUCUCUUAAAAGUUCCCACAAGAGCAUCGCUUUUGGCCUUGGCUAAAUCUAUUUAGUAAAAUCCAACUAGUGGUCUAUUAUCGAUGCUGCGUUCUGAUUGGUUGAGCUACUACUAGGCUAUAUGUUAUAGCCCACUAGUAGCGAAAAGCGCCGGCUUUUUGGCGGCAAAAAAGGAUUUAAGUCUUGCUUUAACUAGCUAAAGUUGUUUUGUCUCGAUCUUUUUGACCAACUGGUUGGAUUUUACUAAAACAAUUAUUCCUCUCGCCCUCAUGGCCUCUGAGUCAAUAGCUCAUUCGGGCUCGAGGAAUAAUUGUUAAAUAUUUCUUUAUAUUGGUAAAUUUAUGUUUUAAAGUGGGAAGAUAGUAUGACCUUUCUAACGACCAACAGACUUCUUUUUGACAAUUUUUCUUACAUCUAGCAUAUUCUGCUUGGACUUUAAAGUAUUAUCCAAGGCAUAACUACGUGCCUGAAAUUGUUUUCACUGAAUCACUGCAGGUUUUCCUCGCAAAUAAAGACCGUAACACCAUUGCUUACAACAUGUUGAAUCCACCCAUUACAACGCGCUUCAUUCGAAUCAAACCGAUGGAGUGGCGUGGACACAUAUCCAUGAGGAUGGAGAUCUACGGUUGUCCAGGUAUUCAAACUUACAUUGCUCGCUUACUUGCACAGUAAUACUACUUACAGUAGUUGCCACUUACAAUGAAUCUGGUGCUGAUUGCAACACGCUCCAUUCGAACCAAGCUUCAGGCAUUGUCCACACCAACAGAGGAUGGCUGAAACCGCAUACCUAGGCAAUUCGAUCGAAAUUCGACAAUAUGCGGUGUCCAUCGGCUACACGAAUUUGCAAAUCAGUCGAAUCCAAGACAAAAAUACAUUGUGGAGGAGUUUCAGAUGUCGUUUCCGGUUAGCGGAUUUGCUAAUUUCGUGUGAAAGGAAGGCCUAUUCGUGUAAAAAAAAUGUGGUUUAAAAAAUAUCCGGGUUCUUCUGAAUGGGGCCGUCCUUACAUGAAAGCUAUACUGAUGCGUUCUGAUUGAACGAAACAGCUGUCUGUGGCUGCCACCAGGAGACAUGGCUGUGCGCGUGUUGUUAGAGUGUGUCACUUUCCUUGGGCAUUGAUCUUGCAUCACUACCGGUCCACUAUCUGCUUACCAGAGCCGCAGCUAGUGGAGGGGAAGGGGGCAGCCGCCCCUGAACUGUUGACCCAGACAAAUCAAGUCUGUGGAUGGAUUUGUUCUUUUAGACUCAGGGAGGAUACAGACCCCCCCUACAAGGUUCAUGCCUUCGGCAGUCGCGAUAAUGCCCCCCACCUCGUGACAAAAAAACCUAGCUACGGCCCUUCUUACUUGGCUUAAAGAAAACCUGCAACGUCCCAGUUCCUUGACGAUUAGAAAGUCGUAAGCUAUAAUUCACUCUGCAGUUUGAAAGGGUUGAUUGGUCUACGUUACUUGGGUUUUCUAGAAAAGAGUAUCCAAGGAAAGGUAAUCCAACCAAAUCAGACAAAUCUAGGUUGUACGACACCGCUUGAUAUAGAAAAUAGAACGAUCCCUUAUUCAUGGAUAGCCGCCUCGUUAUCACGUGAUAACAAACACAUUGCUUGGGGAGCCUCCGCGUAUAAAAGUUUGUUGAGUAGCCCGGCAGUUUGAGAGAGCGGCUGGAUCUUGCUUACUUGGGUUUUCUACAGAAAGGGACAAAACCAUGCCUAAUUAGCGAGGGUAUUAAGCUUUUUUGAUGUUUCUGCCUCUAAAACAAAUCUAGGCUGUACGACACCGCUUGGUAUGGAAAAUGGAGCGAUCCAUGAUUCUGGAAUAACCGCUUCAUCGUCACUUGACAACAAACACACCGCUUUGCAAGCAAGGCUGCAUCUGACAGCUGAUUCCAGGACGGGGGGAGGGUGGUCGGCUCUUAAAGAUGACUUUUAUCAGUGGCUUCAGAUAGAACUUGGUGGUUACACAACUGUAACACGUGUAGCGACCCAAGGAGGGAAUGGACGAAACGAGUGGGUGACACAUUACAGAUUGAAAUAUAGCCGUGCAGGAAAUAUCUUCAUGUAUUAUAAGCUGAGGGAAAACAGCUCAGCAAUGGUAAGUAUACACAAAGCUCAGUCGUGUUCGUUAGAUUUGUGGCGAUUUGCGGGUUUUGUCGUUAACCGUAACUGCAAUCUUUGACAAAGCCACUGAAGGAAACGUUACAUAGUCUGCAGGUGUAUGUGUAUAUAAAGAGGCAAACAACAUUGACUCCAGAAGUGGGGGUGUAAUAUUUGUUGGUUUGUUACAUAUAAUAUACGUUAAAAUGCUUGGAAUGCAUUUAACGUGAUAUUUUUCUCUAGGGUUGGAAUAAGUAAUCUCGAAAGCCGUAAAGCGGUAGGGAAUAUGAUAUUAUCCAUCAGAGCUAGAGGGAGGUUGAUUGGUUUGCUGUUCAUUCUAAGUUAGGCUGUUCGCAGUACCCUAUUUUCUCGUAAGAUCGGCCAUCUUGGUUUCAUAUUUACUGAGGGGGAGGCAGGGUCGGGGUUUGUAGCGGUGGGGAGGGAGGCCUCCUCCCAAACCGUCCUCCGCCUCCUAAGUAGAUUUGACAUUCAUCUCCAGGCGAAACAUUUGAAGCCAAGAUGGCCGCCCGUAACGCAGGGCGCUCGAUCUCGAUGAUCUUAUGAAAAAAUAGCGGUGGUGUCCAAUUCCAACUCGUCGCCGAAAACAGUUGGAGUGACUGUGGUUCAUUCAGUUUGUCACGAUUAGCCGGGAUUUACUUGAAAUGAGAAAGUGAAAACUAGUAGGCCAUUUUUCCCCUUUUAGGUGUUUGAAGGCAAUAAAGACAGUAACAGCGUUUCUACAAACAGAUUAAGCCAGCCGAUCAGAGCACGCUACCUUCGUUUUAUACCAAUAGAGUGGCAUAAUCACAUAUCAAUGAGAGUAGAGAUCUACGGCUGCCCAGGUGUGAUACACUUCCAAAUAAUUUUCUCAGAGUGGUAUGUAAGCUACAAUGCUGUGUGAGCGGUAGUGAUUAAUUUGAAUUGGCAUGUUGAAAAUAACCGUGGUUAGCACCCUAUGGAGCGCUUAUUUGCUGGUUUACCCGCGGAAAAGAAAUAAUCCUUUGUAAUCUACCUAGCAUUAAAGUUAGCCUUACGUUUGCCCUAGGAGUAACCACGACGGCGACGGCUGCUAAAACGUCACUAAUAUAAAGUGAUUUCGCACUAACUGUUUCAAACCGCACCGCGCUAACAUUCCAUCACGUUCAAGUUAUCAAAUGUUGGCAAAUUUUCUGGGGUUAAAUCAGUUCUAAAACAGCCGUAUGCAAGUUCAGAGAAAGAAAAAAAUUCGUCGUCUUGCCUAAGCGUCCUCCACAAAAACAAGAAAUUAGGUAGUUCCACUUCGUAGUUGUGCCGAUGGCAAAGAAAUGUAGAAAACAGCGUGAUGCAUGUGCAAAGUUACUGUUUUGCUUAUAUUAAACCUAUUGCUUUUUCGCUGUUCUGGCUGCCCUCGCCGUCGUCGUCGCUUAAGCUCCCUAUUAUUAUGGUUAAGUUGUCUUGUGUAACUGCAGCUAAUAGUUCCUCUAUGAUUGUUUAUGUCCAAAUGGAUAAAUGGAUAAAGAACGGAUUGGAUCACAAAUUGAACUUUUUAAUACAUUUUUCAUUACAUUUUCCACUUCCAGACAGAACAAAGAAACAACAUAUGGAUUUUUGGUAUGACCGUUCAAAAUACGACUUGAUGUGUCUUAGUUUCACGUGGUCACAUACAUUAAAAGUGUUUUACGUAACGCACUUAUGGAGAGUUUUCCUUGAGCUAUGACAUUAUUUUCUUUUGGACUAUAUCAGAUUCGAUCCCUUCAAACAUACCGGCCCAAAAGAUGAAGUUUUAUUAUAAACUGUAUUAUUGCACCAUACAGGUUGUAUAGCACCACUUGGUAUGGAAAAUAAACAAAUAUCAGAUGCCCAGAUCAGUGCAUCGUCAUUGUCUGAUGAGAAUAGCUCUCCAAGCAAGGCCAGGCUACACCUCAAAGAAGAUCAAAACCUACCUGGAGGGGUUGGGUGGAGUGCCCUUAAAAACGAUCUCCACCAGUGGCUACAAGUGGAUCUUGGAGGUUACACCACAUUAACACGUGUAGCGACUCAGGGGAGGACUGGGUCCAAUGAGUGGGUGACCACUUACAACUUACAGUACAGUGAUGAUGGAAUGAACUUCCAGUUUUACAACGAACAUGGAGACAAGUCAGCUAAGGUAUCUUCAGACACGUAGUAUGUAAAAUACUUCAAAGGCAACCAGAUGUUUUUAAAUCAGUUCUCAUUUACAACAAGCUAAGCUAAUACCGUUAGCCAGAAGGAUAAAAAACCGCUACCUCGAUCGUCCAAUAUGUUUUGAUUAGACCCUGUGUGAAGUCAUAACCCGUUUUCUAAGGCAACAUAGCUGGCAAACAAUGACUAAAUUGUGAACAGUUUUUUCAGGACUAGGCCAAACAUAUUUAUCCAAGCAUUGAAGUGAGAGACUUGUUGGCCGCUUAUUUGCUCUUAGGGAGGGUUUAAGGUUUCACUGUUUCAUUGCUUAUUACAGGUUUUUACUGGAAACGAUGACAGUGAUACUGUUGUGUAUAAUGCACUCAGUCCACCAGUCACUACGAUGUUUGUUCGUGUAUUGCCUAUAGCUUGGAACAGUCGUAUAUCUAUGAGGAUAGAGCUGUAUGGUUGUCCAGGUAAUUUGAGUAAG